AUGCCAACCACGCCUAUUACGCCCCUCCUUCGAGGGAGUUCACCUUCAUAUCAUGAUCUAUAUUCGAAACCUCUAAUUGACUGCAAUAACCAAUCUUAUUUUCCCAACACCUCCGACGAGUGCGAGCUCAAAGAAUUCUUCUUCGGCUUAUACAGCUUCAAACCUUCUCCUGAUGAGCCUCUCUCUCCGCUGAGCUCCGAGGACUCUGAGAGCUUGAGUUCCGGAAGUACUAUUGGAUCGGACGAGCAAGACAUCGAGAACGUCUUUGCUCUUGACAAAGACAGCUAUGACUUCAAGUCGCAGCUUCCUCCAUGCGCGGUAAUCUCCAUCCAGGAAAUGCUCGAUACACCGGAUAUCUACGAUUCCCAAUUUAGGGAUAACUACAAGCACCUAAAUCCUCAGGCUGCGCCUUUCGUACCUUCCGUCCAGUCCGCAGGGCCCCGUACGCGUCUUCCUUCCAUUAUCCGAGCCAGAGUGCUCGCAGCCUCCGCCUCGGACUCUAUCCCAUUAUUACCUCCUCCCCCUCCAAACCCGCUCAAAGCGAUACCUGCUUGGAUGAUCAUACUUCAUCUGGCAUCUACUACAACUCCUGCUGAUUCCUUUAUCCUGGCUGCGCGUGCUAAAGAACUUGCGCAUUCCCAUUUCUGGCAUCCGGAAGCCUUAGCUGAGCUGGCUCAACAUUUCUGUUGGAAUGCUUCCGAUGUAAAUGCCGAUAUCGAUCGAGAAACAAUGGCGGCGUUUGCUCGGGAGGUUUCCCAGGCGCUGCGGGAUGCCUUUGACGAAGACACAGCAGAUUCGUUUGUAUGGCAUCUCAGGGAAUCGCUUAUAGGUACCUUUAAAGGUUGUUGGUGUGCUACUGAGAGCUCCAAAGCAAUAUCAUAUCGUUUUGCCCCCUCUGAGGAGUAUGUUGCGUCCGCAACCCGGUUGGUAGCUUUUAUUGGCGACCUGUUCACCCUCGGUCUCAUCCGCGUUCAACAUAUCAAAAUGUGUCUCAAUAUUCUCGUUCAUGAGCUCACCUCCCUUGAACACAUUACCGCCAUAUCAGUCCUGAUUGAUCACGCCGGACCACGAUUUUGGUGCCGUCCUGGUUCGACGCUGAUAACGCCCUCCGUAGUUACGAGGGAACCUAGCCGGGAGAUGAUCGAUCUGUUUUUGAUGAAUUUUUUACCAAAGACGACAAUGUUGCAGAAUGGUAGCAGUGUACUUUCGAGAACAGUAGUGGCAGGAAGUGACGAGAAAGAUAAUAAGGUCCAAGAGAUUCUAGAUAUGGUUGCGCAGUGGUGUCCGGAUAUAAGGAUAUCAUCAUAG